AUGGUGCGCCCGUCGGACCGACCUCUCUACAGCGGUCUUGUCUCAUUUGCGGCGCAAUCAGUUGCCGUGCUGAUGAUUGCUGGUGGCCUCUUCCGCGCCACUGGUGGGGUGUUCACACGGCGGAAGCACCAAGAGGAGUGGAUCUUGGACAACGUAAAGGACGUUCUGUGUGAACUGCUGGACUGCGCGUCUUCUGUGAAGGUGUGCUACGUCUUGCUGGGGUUGGAGGUCGUUGCAGAGCUUGGCAAAAUGCUGCAGGGACAUGCAUGCGUGUGCGUUGUACUUAUGGUGUGGUCGGGGUGGUUAUUACUCAGGGAUAGAGUACUGUUCGUAGCAAAGUGA